AUGCAAAAGAGAAAUUCAGAUGUUGUACUGGAGAAUUUUUCUGGGGUCCCAGUGGGAGGCCAUUGGUGUUAUCAGUCCCAGAAGUGUGAGCAGCCACUGUGUGAAGAUCCAUCUCAAUGGCACCAGAUAAACGCAGCCUGCAAAGGGAGCAGACAGUCCCCUGUCAACAUUGUCACCCGAAAUGUGGUUUAUAACAAGAGCCUUACRCCCUUGACUUUUGAAGGAUAUGAUGUGAAGGGCUCUGCGAAGUGGGAUGUGGAAAAUAAUGGUCACACAGUUAAAGUGACACUGAGCACAUCCCCUAAAGUCGGAGGAGGGGGUCUGAGGAGAAAAUACAAAGCAGUGGAAUUCCAUUUGCACUGGGGAGUCCCAGGUGAGCCACAACACAUCCCUGGCUCAGAGCACAGCAUAGAUGGAGAGAAAUAUCCCAUGGAGCUUCACCUCGUCCACAUCAGAGAAGAUGCUUCGAAUGUGGCAGAAGCCAAGCAAAACCCAGAUGGUUUGGCUGUGCUGGCCUUCUUUGUAAAGGCCGACGAAGAAAAUACAAACUACGCGACUUUACUGAAUGAAUUAGAGAAUAUUARAUACAAAGGGCAAACAGCACAGAUUGAUCCUUUGCCACUGAGCUCCCUUCUCCCACCUGAGGAAGACCUUGGGAGGUAUUAUCGCUAUGAAGGCUCCCUCACCACCCCUGACUGCUACGAGGGGGUCAUCUGGACCAUAUUUGAGGCACCAAUUGAGCUCAGUGAGCGCCAGCUUUCGCAGUUCGCAGCCCUGCACUUCGACGGGAAGAAUUCAAGUGCCAUGAGGGAGAAUUUUCGGCCGGUUCAGCCCCUGAGGGGCCGCACGGUGCUGUGGUCGGGGGCCGGGAUCGCCAUUCCCUCAGCACCGCUSCUGCUGCUGGCCUUCACCCUCAGCGCUCUGUGCCUCUGAAUCCUCACCUCGACAACAUUCUGGUCCUUUUUUGUUGCCUUGUUGUUGUUGCUGAUAUCAAUUCUUUGCCUCAGCCUCUCACGGGUUGUGUCUCGAUGCUGAAUAAUUSUCCUCCUCCAGUCAUCAACCAAGGAUUGCUGUGCUGCUCUGGUGAAGCCCAAACCGCCAGAACUCAAAGGAAUUGUGAGACAAAGCCACGAAAAGUCAGUUUUAAAAACCAAAAAAAUUAGAGAAAGCGUUAGGCUGGGUUAUGCUUUGGUUUUCACCCAGCUCUGGAUGAGCCUUGAGGAGCCGCAGAGGGAACUUUGGAGAGGAAUCUGUUCCUAAGUGCCUGUGGAGGGGACRGUUUGGAGCGUGUUUACAUCCAACACUGCCAAAUCUGGCAGUGAAAUGUGGAGAAAUUCCUUUAAUCCCACAUUGUCCCACCUGAAGGUACCACACAGAGCAGAAAUAAAAUGCUCACACACAACUGAGCAGCACUUGGUUCAUUCCCUACAGGGAAGGGCCUUCACCCAACACACAAAUCCUUCCUAUUUUCUUCAGAAUAUCCCAAUUAAUUCAAAUCAGGACACUGGAUCCCUUUCCCCCGAUCUCCUGGAGGGGCUGGCAGCUCCCUGUGCUAUUUAUUCAUUUUUCAUGGGAUGCCAUGGGCGGUGUGAUGUGCUGGGAAGGACCAGAGGCACAUCUGUGGAAAUUCCCUCUCUUUGGAGGGUUGCUUCUGAAGCAGGACACUCUGGUGAUCCUUUCUACUUGUUAUUUGCCUAAUAAAAUAGGACAGGUCAAGAAAUGGCUCUUUCCUAUAUAUAUAAAAAUAUAUAUUUCUUAUAUAUAUAUAUAUAUAUAUAUAAUUUUUUAUAGUAGCCUAUAAAAUAUUCACAUAUGGUCAGAAUUCAUAGUUUUUCCAAGGAGAUUGUGAGUUGAACCAAUUCCUUCAGAUCUUACCCAAUCACUUAUGGAAAAUAUAUUGGGAAAUAGGGUUUCCUUAUAUUAUCCCAGUUCUCCCUCUGAAGAGGGACAUUUUUCUUUGGUUAGUGCCAUAUAACAUGUUACAGCUUCUUUUAGGCUUUUAGAUUUUGGCCACACCGAAAUAUAGAUUUCCUAUUAGCAGAUUUGUAUUUUUUUUUUAUUUCAGGGCAAAGUUUGCAGAGAUGACUUUAUACAUUUUCAGGAAAAUCCUUGCUAUGAGAGCAACCAGAACUCACCAAAGAGGGGGGAAUUAUUUUCAUAUUAAUCAAUCACAAAAGCUUUUAAAAAAAUGUGGGAAAGCAAAUGAACCUAUUUAAGUCUAAAGGAAAGAUUAAUAUUUUAACUGCAUUUUUAUGUAACUGAAAAACUUUGAGGAGCAAAGAGAACUGAAAUAUUAAAGGUGAACAACA